CUUCGCUCCGUGUCCGUGUGGAUCGGGGCUGGCCUCUCCCAGAAGAGAGGCCCCCCCCGCUACAAAAAGCCAGGCCAUGGAAAACUGAUACAUUCAGUCGUAUCAUCGUGUUCACUUUCACCAUGGAAAUACAAUAAUUAUUUCUCAGUUUUUCAGCCGUGGGCCAAAUGUGCUGCAUCAAGACAGCAGUGCACCACAAGCUGCAUUCUUCUCACCUCUUCAAAAAGUGAUGUUGCCACCAAAUACCUAUCAAGGGAAAGUGGCCUUUAUAACUGGUGGAGGUACUGGACUUGGCAAAGGGAUGACAACAGCUUUGUCCAGUUUAGGUGCCAAGUGUGUUAUAGCAAGCCGGAAGCUGGAUGUUUUGAAAGGAACAGCAGACGAAAUUUCUUCUAAAACAGGGAAUAAGGUUCAUGCUAUCCAGUGUGAUGUGAGAGAUCCUGUUUCAGUUAAGAAUGCUGUUGCUGAAACAAUCCAAGUGGCAGGACAUCCUGAUGUUGUGAUAAACAAUGCAGCUGGAAACUUUAUUUCCCCUUCUGAACGACUUUCUGCUAAUGCCUGGAAAACAAUAACUGAUAUUGUACUUAAUGGUACUGCUUUUGUAACUCUGGAAAUUGGAAAGGAGCUAAUUAAAGUAAAAAAAGGAGCAGCAUUCCUGGCUAUUACAACAAUUUAUGCAGGGAGUGGUUCAGGAUUUGUGUUGCCGAGUGCCUCUGCCAAAGCUGGUGUAGAAGCAAUGAGCAAGUCUCUUGCGGCUGAAUGGGGUAGAUAUGGCAUGAGAUUCAAUGUGAUUCAACCAGGUCCAAUAAAAACAAAGGGUGCUUUUAGCCGCCUUGACCCCACAGGCGCAUUUGAGAAGAUGAUGAUUGAAAGGAUUCCUUGUGGUCGUCUGGGAACUAUAGAAGAAAUUGCAAAUCUUGCUGCAUAUUUCUGCAGUGACUAUGCAAGCUGGGUUAAUGGAGCAGUUAUCAGAAUGGAUGGUGGAGAAUAUGUUUCUAUGGCAGGAGAAUUCAACGCUUUGAAGAAGGUUACCAAAGAGCAGUGGGAUAUGAUGGAAGCAAUGAUUAGAAAAACAAAAGGCUCCUAAAGUACAUGACUUUAUGGUGGAGAUUCUUGGAAAUGAACCACUACCUUUUCAUUGAUAUUUAGAAAUAAGCAAUUGAGAAAUAGCCUUCAAAAUCUUUUUUAUGCUAAUUUCAAUAAAAUAUUUUGAAAUUGUGGUAUUUUGAA